UCGCAUUCCUCGGGGGGGACUCGAGCGAGGGAUGCCCCUCGGCCGGUUGUUUUUCUUUCGUUUUGCGCGCGAUUACGUUAUUUAGUCGCCUCGAAACAGGUUCCUGCGGCAAGAGGCCUGGGCUGUGUUGCUCAAUCGAGACGCCAAGGAUGAACCACUGCUUUUACUAAUCCAGUAACGGUCGUGUUGGAAACGGUAAAUUCACGCGAGACGAUAACAAACUCGUCCCGCUUCUCGGGAUCUCGUUCACGCGGUGGCAAAAGCGCGGCUUGAGAUGUGAAAGGAGGAGGAGGAGGAGGAACUCUUUAAGCGAGAAUCGUAGAACGGCUGGAGUGGAGCGAGACAAGGCUGGCAGGAAGGGCAUAGUGUGCGUGCCGGUAUGGCAUCGCGGAGGAGGGGAUGUCUCGUGCGUCCCACAAUGUACUGAAGUCCUUCGCUCCUCCACGGCUGCUAUUCAAGGCAGAGCCGCAGUCGGUGUCAGUUUAUCGCGCAAAAGUGCCCAGGGAGUCCUUCGGAUCAAAGUGUUCACCGAAUUGUCUUGUUAGCACUUAAUCCUGGAUCAAGUCGAGAAGAUGUCGGCAGACUGGAGGACCAUUUUCGUAACCGGGGGCGCCGGUUACAUCGGCAGCCACUGCAUCGUCGAGCUCCUGGAGUGCGGCUACGACGUGGUGGCUAUAGACAACUUUGCAAACAGCGUGACCGAAACAGACGGCGAGUCCGCGGCGCUCAAAAGGGUCGAGCAAAUAACGGGAAAAAAAGUCACGUUCUACAACUGCGAUCUGCUCGACAGAGAGAAGCUCGAGGCCGUAUUUAAUCAGCACAAAAUAGAUUGCGUGAUUCAUUUCGCGGCUAUUAAAGCCGUCGGCGAGUCGAUGCAAAUUCCGCUUCAUUACUAUCGAAAUAACAUAAUAGGAGCGAUUAAUCUCCUCGAGGUGAUGAAGGCGGCUGGCUGCUUUCAGCUUGUAUUCAGCAGCUCUUGCACGGUUUACGGCGAGCCUACGGAACUGCCCAUCACGGAGGAACACGAAACCGGCAGCAUCACCAAUGUCUACGGCCGAACGAAAUACUUUAUCGAGGAGAUGCUCAAAGAUAUAUCCAGAGCUGAAAAGAGUUGGAACAUUAUAUCUCUAAGAUACUUCAAUCCGGUGGGUGCUCAUCGAUCGGGACUGAUCGGGGAGGACCCGACAAAGCCAUUCACAAACCUGAUGCCGUAUAUCGCUCAGGUCGCUUUGAGGCACAAGCCGGAGUUGAUCAUAUUCGGCGGUGAUUAUCCUACGAAUGAUGGCACAGGCGUACGCGAUUACAUCCACGUUAUGGACUUGGCAGCCGGCCACGUGGCGGCAUUGAAUGCUUUGCACAAACAGCAUCUCAGGCUAAAGAUUUACAACUUGGGCACCGGCAACGGCGUGACUGUGUUGGAGUUGAUAAAAACGUUCGAGAAAGUCACUGGUACUACCGUGCCGUACGUCGUGAAGGAGAGAAGGGAGGGCGACAUCGUGUCCAUGUACGCUAACACGGAUUUGGCGAAAAAAGAAUUGAGCUGGACAGCGAAGUACAACGUUGAGCAAAUGUGUCAGGACUUCUGGAGGUGGCAAACGAUGAAUCCGCACGGUUACCGAACAUCGUUAAAGAACGGAACUACGGAGCACCUGAACAAUACAUCGUAAAAAGUUGUAUCGAGGAAACCAUGCAGAUAAUUUAUAAUAAAGGAUCGAUACGCGAUUUGUCUGAUGAAUCACGCAUUUAUAAUGUCCACAGGUCUGU